UUUCGGGCAAGUCAGAUGAUCCUGUUCCCCGUUCCUGUUAACUUUCAGCCUGUCCCUGCCCCUAAAAUUAAGACUAUGGGUUUCCUUCAUGCUCUUUUGCUGCUGUUCCUGUGUGCAAGCUUGUCUAUCACUGCUCCCUCCUGUUCCAGGAAUGUGAAGAUUUUAGGUGGCAACUUUACUCUCAGCAAUGGUUGGGUCCCAGGAAGCCUCCUCAUUUAUACCUGCCCUCUAGGGCGCUACCCAUACCCUGUAUCGAGUCGGUUGUGCAACAGCAAUGGACAGUGGAAGUCCUUAGGACGCUCCGAGGUCACCAAAGCAGUAUGCAAAUAUGUGCGCUGUCCAGCUCCUGUUGCUUUUGAGAAUGGGGUCUAUAGUCCCCGGCUGAGCUCUCACCCCGUGGGUGGCAAUGUAAGCUUUGAGUGUGAGGAUGGAUACAUCUUGCGUGGUUCUGUCGUGAGGCACUGCAAACCCAAUGGGAUGUGGGAUGGAGAGACAGCUGUAUGUGAUAGUGGAGCCGGACAUUGCCCAGAUCCUGGAAUUCCAAUUGGGGCUGUGAGGACAGGAUAUCAAUUCAAUGUUGGUAAUCGAGUGAAGUAUCGUUGUUCAGAGAAGCUGAUCUUGAUAGGUUCCGAGGAACGAGAAUGCCAGGGGAAUGGAGUCUGGAGUGGGACUGAACCCAUUUGCAGAUCUUCCUACUCCUAUGAUUUCCCUGAAGAUGUGGCUCCAGUCCUGGACACCUCCUUUUCUCAACUUCUUGGUGCCACCAACCCCCUGAUGCAAAACUCUGGCAAUUUGGGUCGGCGCAUCCAGAUCCAGAGGGAAGGCCACUUGAAUCUCUACUUGCUCCUUGAUUCUUCCCAGAGUGUCAGUAGGGAAGACUUUAACAACUUCAAAGAGAGUGCUGAACUUAUGGUAGACAGGAUCUUCAGCUUUGAUGUUAAUGUCAGUGUUGGUAUUGUCAUUUUUGCUAAGACUGCUAAAGUCAUCUUGUCUGUCACUCACAAGGAUUCUCAGCAACAGACUGAAAUAGCCAAAAAGCUACAGGAGAUCAAGUAUGGAGAUCCAGACAUUGGAACUGGAACCAACAUCUACAGAGCUCUAAUGCAAAUCUAUGAAAUGAUGAAUAAUGAAAUGGCCGUUUAUGGCACAAGGCAGAAGGAGUGGGAUGAAAUCCGACAUGUUAUCAUCCUUUUAACAGAUGGAAAGUCCAACAUGGGUGGAUCUCCAAAAGCAGCUAUAGAACAGAUUGAAGAAGUUUUGAACAUAAAGGCAGAGAGGAAAGAUUUUCUGGACAUCUAUGCCAUUGGUGUGGGGAAACUGGAUGUAGACUGGAAAGAGCUGAAUGAACUGGGGUCAAAGAAGGAUGGGGAGAGGCAUGCCUUCAUUCUCCCAGACUCCAAAGCCCUCCUCCAAGUUUUUGAGAAUAUGUUGGAUAUCUCCAAAUUUGUAGACCCCAUCUGUGGUGUGGGAAAUAUGUCAGUCAAUGCUUCAUUUCAAGAGAGGACACCCUGGCAUGUCAUCAUUAAGCCCAGCAGCAAGGAGACGUGUCGUGGGGCACUUAUCUCUAAUCAAUGGGUUCUGACUGCAGCCCACUGCUUCCAUACAAAUAAUAACACCAAGCUGUGGAGAGUCAUUGUGGGAGAUCCUAAGUCAAAGAGGGGUAGAGAGAUGCAGAUUGAUCAGUGGUUCAUUCCAGAGGAGUACAAUGUUUAUGCUAAGAAGGAGCAAGGAAUUUCUGAAUUCUAUGGCAAUGAUAUUGCUCUGGUGAAGCUGACUGAGAAGGUCGAGAUGUCCAGCCAUGCCAGACCCAUCUGUCUUCCUUGUACUGUGGGGGCCAACUUGGCUCUUCGUCGUUCACCAACCAGUUCUUGCUUUGACCAUGAGAAGGAACUUUUGAAGAAAAACAAAAUCCCAGCUCAUUUUGUUUCAUUGGAUGAUCAGAUAAUGGACAUUGUUCUCAAGGAAGAAAAUGAGCGAACAAGCUGCCUCCAAGCUGUCUCCCAAGCCAAAGAUCUUUUCCCUAACCUCACUGAUGUGAAACAGGUGGUGACUGACCAAUUUUUGUGUAGUGGCUCUGGAAAUGAGGCAUCGCCUUGCAAGGGAGAAUCUGGAGGGGCAGUUUUCCUUCAAAAGAGGUACCGAUAUUUUCAGGUGGGUGUGGUGAGUUGGGGUCUUCAUAAUCCAUGCUCCUCAAAGACAACAAAUAGUGCCUUGAAGUCAACAAACCAAAAUGAGGUGAAACGCAAGCCACCUCCAGCUGGCAGUCAAGCCCGUGAUUUCCACAUCAAUGUCUUUCGACUUCAGCCCUGGUUGAGGCAACAUCUAAAAAAUGUCUUACGCUUUCUGCCUCUUGGGCCAGCCUCCUGAAUCCUGACCUUGUCUAGCUACUAACCUUCAAAUCUCAAGUCCCUUUGAUCUCAGCCUAUCCUUUAUAGCCUGGUUUCUAGCCCUAGCUGUCUUACUAUUUGGAUUAUAGUCCUUCUCUAGCUUCCUUCUACAGGUUUACUCUUUAAUCUUUUCUAAUACCUACCCCUUCUAGGCUGGAUUUUCCCAAUUAUGAAAUUAAUAAAUUUUUGAUAUUUCACCAUA